AUGAAAGAUACUCUUGCCAAACAUUCAAUCCUUCACGUUUUUGAUCCAAAGAAACAAAUUUUGAUUCAGACUGAUGCUUCAAAAAAUGGGUUAGGAUGUUGGUUUUUUCAAGAAGGUAAGCCGGUAGCAUACGCUUCUAAAAGCUUGACUGACACUGAAACAAGGUACGCACAAAUAGAAAAAGAAUUAUUGGCUGUUGUCUACGCCUGUGAGAAAUUCAAAAAUUACAUUUAUGGUUAUUACUUCACCAUAAAUUCUGAUCAUAAACCAUUGGUUUCUUUGGUUAAAAAAGAUGUUGGUGAAAUUCAUUCGACUCGUUUACAACGUAUGAAAUUGAAACUCUCAAAAUAUGAUUUUGAUAUUAAGUUUGUUCCGGGAAAGUUCUUAUACGUGGCAGAUUUGUUAUCACGUAAUUUUAUAAAUGAUCCUAUAGUUGAUAUAGAAUCAUCAUUAAAGGACCUCAUACACAACAUCAAUAUGAGUGAUCCUAAACGAAAAAUGUUCGAAGAAGAAACCCGAAAAGAUGUUGUGUUACAGACUCUUGUACAUCUGUACGAAGAUGGUUGGCCAGCAGAUAAGCAACGGGUUCCAGAAAAUGCUAGGUUCUUUUGGCAAUUUAAAGACAAAAUCUUUGUAGAAGACGGCCUAGUUUUUUAUGAAAAUCGAGUUCUGGUCCCAAACAAUUUAAUCAAAGGUAUGCUAGAUGCACUUCAUAAGUCUCACAUGGGAAUAACAAAGACACUGAAUAAAGCUAAGAGCACUCUUUUUUGGCCUUACAUGAAUAGGGACAUUGAAAACAUGAUUUUCAAAUGUAAAAAAUGCGAAAAAUUUAGAUCCGAAAACAAGAAGCAUUCGUUAAUUCCCCACCCUAUUCCGAAAAGGCCUUUCCAAAAACUUGGGAUGGAUUGUCUUGAUUACGGGGGAAGAUCGUAUUUGGUUGGAAUGGAUUACUAUUCCAAGUGGAUUGAACUUCAUGAAAUCACAGACAAAACUGCAUCAAGCAUAAUUAAAAUUUUAAACAAAUUUUUUUCGAUUCAUGGUAUUCCACAGAACAUUGUCUCCGAUAAUCAACCCUUCAAUUCAUAUGAACUCCGAAAUUUUGCGAACAAUUCAAAUUUAGAUUUUAUACACAGUAGUCCAAGAUAUCCAAGAUGUAAUGGUCUGGCUGAGAAAGCAGUCCAUAUCGCAAAAUCAAUUCUUAAAAAAAUCAGCCAAUCAGAAGGUAGUUUAGAAGAAGCUCUUUUAGAGUAUAGGAGUACGCCAAUUUCAGGAAUUGGGUAUUCACCAGCAGAAAUGCUCAUGAAUCGUAAAUUAAGAACGUGGAUACCAAUAAAAGAUGAAGACCUUGAACCGAAAAUUCCAAAUAACUUGAAGGCGGUAUUAGAAAGACGUCAAGAAAGAAUUUUAAAAAAUAAUAAUCCAGUUAAACCGCGUCGUGAAACACAUUUUGAGAAAGGAGAAAACGUAGUAUAUAGAAAUAAUGGAAAGUGGGAACCAGGUAGAAUAGUAUCCAAACAUGAUAGUCCGAGGUCAUACUUACUCCAAAAUGAAAAUAAUAGAGUCAUUCGUAGAAAUACAUUACACUUACGUAGGUCAAUGCAUUCUCCACAAAUAAGACUACCUGAGGCGGAAGAGAGGACGCCUAUUGUCUCUGGAAAUAAUAAUAACCCUUCUCUUGAACUGGCAGACACUUAUCACACUAACUCAUCUCCAUUACCUGAUAGCAACAAUGUCGAACAAGAUGUCGAGUCAGUGCGGCAACCGGACCGAGAGUAUACCACAAGAUCUGGUCGAAUAAGUCGGAAACCAAACUUUUAUAUACCUCAGUAA